AUGAACGAUAGCGUUAAGGUUCAACUAACUUCGUCGAAGAAGAAUCAACUUCACCGGCCUCAGCUCGUCCUGUUGACCAAUUUCACCGCGGGUGCUGGAACUGGUGGUCAAGCGAGACCAAAUAGAACGGCGAGCAUCUUGUCUAUCGCUCUCAGCGUCACGAUUCCCGUUCUUCUGUUUUUUCUCUCUGUUAUACUGGCACGACACUAUUGGAGGCGCCAUACGCACAAAACCAUAGAGACCGAGUAUACUAUCCAGCCUUGCGAAGAUGCUGAUACUGGGGUGAAAUCGCAACCAUCCAAGAACGAGCGACCGUCGUCAGCCGGGAAGGCGUCUGGAUCCGGCCGUGUGCCGUGGAAAUUUGGUGUGUCAGCAUGUAUUGCGAUUUUGCCUUUGGUCACUCUGUUAGCCGUUUUGAUAUCACUACUGUUGCGAUACCAUGUCAAACCGUCUUCGCACUCGAGGGCUGAUUUUGUGUACAAUGAGAGCGGAUCAGACCCAACAGCCUUCUAUGUGGACUUUGAUGCGACCCAGUACACGACUGUGGCGUCAUGGACAAGUACUAUUGCCCUGCUACUGCCCGGUUUUUUGACAACUUUGCUCUGGCAUAGACAGAGUGAACAGCUUAGCUCCGACGCGUUAUUCUCACGCCACGAAAGACUCUUGACGCCCUACCAGCUGUCUUUACUUCUCGGUCUAAAAAGCGGAACUCUGGGGUCUCUGUGGGAAUAUUUAUCCUACGCUAAGUCUCGUCGCCGCGAAAAACAAUCCAUGUUCCUUUCUCACACCGGCUUUGUCGUGCUCAUAUCUACUGUUCUCGGACUCGGGCUUUGGAUGGUAGAUACUUGGCUGCACAUUGGAACCUCCACGGUUUCUUUCACCACUUCUUCUCAGAGUGGGACAAUAGAUGAUCCUAUGGAAUCCUGGGGGCGUACUCUUACCCCAAACUGCACAUCCAGCAACUCAGCUUUCAUUGGUGAUCCAUACAGUUGUAUCAUGGAGCGAUUGCUCGCCGACGUGCCACCGAUUCUCACCGACCCAGAGAAAUUUGUUGCUGUAAUCUCCGGAAGAGACACCGAAUCCGACAUAGUCACCGUCACGGUUGGAGAGGAGCGCGUAGCUUAUAUUGGACCAACUUUUCACCGGGAAAAUCUUGACUAUCAUGCCAAUACAUAUGCUGUCCGGUCAGCCUGUCAAACGAUCGACGAGUGGUGUUAUCUGUCGCCGCAGAACGGUUUGAAUGGCACGACAGUUUUAUCCCAACACUCUUUUCGCGAAAUGUGGCAACUUUGCACAAUCGUUGCAAGCGGAGUUUUUGGCCUCGUGACAUCAUUUUUCACUGACCAGAAGUGGCAAGAAGUAAUGACUGUCGACAAUACUGCAAAUGCCUUCUACACCGUUUCCCGAAUAGACUCCCGCAUUAGACCCAGCCCCUAUGGACUACCUGCCUACUGGAGCUUACAAUCCAACUCAUUCCCGACGUUCAACAAUUUCAUAGGUUGUAGCACAGAAUUGGUCAAUCUCACGUACACUUACGUCAAAGGAUCCCUCAAAUCAACAGAAAUGAGCCCACUCAACAACCUGGACCUAGUGAACGCAAUAUUCUUACCGACAUUGUACAACUUUGACCCUUUUCUUUCCAGCGGAGCGGCCACUACAGCCACUGUUGACAACCGAGAGUCUGCACUGGAAAACUGGAUUGACACUUGGCACAGACACUACUUAUCACUCGCAGUACUUGCAGUCGAACCUGCAGACAACCUGGACCAGCAGCAGAGAUACUCAAGACUAGUUGCACGUAUUCCCAAGGCACCGCUACUAACUCUCGGGGUGCUUCUUUUACUCUCAAUCCUCUUCAAUGCUUGGGUUCUGUUUCAUUCGCUGAGGCGAACAGACUUGAGGGCAACGCAGCCCAAGCAAGAGAUCAUCUCCAUUGCCGGGCUAGCAGCGAGCGCUUUCGACAAGAACGUCACCAACCGCGGGCAACCAGUUAACGUAGCUUGGGACCUCUUCGAAGGGUCCAAGGAGGAAACUAUGAGCACCCGUGUCGGCAUUGGAGAGAACCCUGUGGGAGGUCAUCGAUUCUUUGCCUUCUGUGGUGGACAUGGAGACCCGAUUAUUGAGGGGCGAAUCGAAACAGUAAAGUCAGAGGCGGAGUUAAGCGGGAUAAAAGUGUCAGAAAGUGCCGUCGCCGUUGAGGACAGUACGAGCGGUGACAACGGCAUUGGGAGCAGGACUUAA